CCUUUAACCCACUAUUGUCUACCCGAGCCUGGCAGGCGCUGGAUGGUCGGUUUGUGGUUGUGUUGGAGAUCUCGCUCGCUUGUCAAUAUCACGCACAACCAAUGCAUUAAUGCAAAGAGAUGGGAAUGUCGCAGUCAUGUUUCCACGACGAACUGCUGUAGCGCUGCUCGCCCUGUGUGGAUUCAUAGCGGCUGCUGAUGCUCUCAAGUGUAACUGCACCUCUUGUGAGAAGACCGGUUAUGUGUGCGAGACCGAUGGGGCCUGCAUGGCCUCCACGUCCUACAUUAACGGUCAGGAAGAGCAGCAGGUGCGAAUCUGUAUCCCUCAUGACAGCCUGGUACCGCCAGGACAGCCCAUCUACUGCCUGAGUGCCAAGGGACUGGUCAAUACACACUGCUGUUACACAGAUUUCUGCAACAGCAUUAACCUUCAAGUUCCAAAUGGGAUUCCUGAAGAAAGGAACUGGUCGGGCUCAGGGAGCAGCUGGGGUCCCGUAGAGCUGGUGGCUGUGAUUGCCGGGCCGGUCUUCUUGUUUUGCCUUCUGCUCAUUGUGGGAGUGCUGAUUUUCCAGCACCACCAGCGGAACUACAACCACCGGCAGAGACUCGAUGUUGAAGAUCCAUCCUGUGAUCAUCUUUAUUUGGCCAAAGACAAGACCUUACAGGAUCUAAUCUUUGAUCUGUCCACCUCGGGUUCAGGCUCUGGUCUGCCACUGUUUGUUCAGCGGACGGUCGCCAGGACAAUCGUACUGCAGGAGAUUAUAGGUAAAGGACGCUUCGGGGAGGUUUGGAGAGGGAGAUGGAGAGGAGGAGAUGUGGCUGUUAAGAUCUUCUCAUCCAGAGAGGAGCGCUCCUGGUUCCGCGAGGCUGAGAUUUACCAGACCAUAAUGCUCCGACAUGAAAACAUCUUGGGCUUCAUUGCUGCUGAUAAUAAAGACAAUGGCACAUGGACACAACUGUGGCUGGUCUCCGACUACCAUGAACACGGCUCAUUAUUUGACUAUCUCAACCACUACUCCGUCACAAUCGAGGGUAUGAUCAAGUUAUCACUCUCAGCAGCCAGUGGACUGGCACAUCUGCACAUGGAGAUCUUGGGUACACAGGGAAAACCAGGCAUUGCACAUCGUGACCUCAAAUCUAAAAACAUCUUGGUGAAAAAGAAUGGUACUUGUGCCAUAGCGGAUCUGGGGCUCGCUGUACGUCACGAGUCCAUCACUGAUACUAUUGAUAUUGCUCCCAAUCAGAGAGUUGGCACUAAAAGAUACAUGGCUCCAGAGGUACUAGAUGAAACAAUCAACAUGAAACAUUUUGAUUCUUUUAAAUGUGCUGAUAUCUAUGCUUUGGGACUGGUAUACUGGGAGAUUGCACGACGGUGUAAUGCUGGAGGCAUCCAUGAAGAUUACCAGCUUCCAUACUAUGACCUGGUGCCGUCCGACCCCUCCAUAGAGGAGAUGAGGAAGGUGGUGUGUGACCAGAGACUACGGCCAAAUGUGCCAAACUGGUGGCAAAGCUAUGAGGCACUGAGAGUUAUGGGAAAAAUCAUGCGGGAGUGUUGGUAUGCCAACGGGGCCGCCCGGCUUACCGCUCUGCGGAUCAAGAAGACGCUCUCUCAACUCAGCAUCCAGGAAGACGUUAAGAUCUGAAACGGACGGGAUGCCGCACGUCCCUGUAAAGACGCACAAGCGCAUAUUAAAGACGAAACCUGCCAGUU